CCACUGCGCGACUCGGUCACCGUUCUCCCAUUCCCGCCGCCACUCAGUUCGGAUCAAUCCCGCAGGCGGCUGCUGCGCCAAAAACUUGUCAGCUCCGUAGACGGUAAUUUCACGAAAAAUUAGCCGACAAUGGUUUUGACGGACAAGUUCGACCUCCCCACGAUCGAGGAAUUGACCGUGCCAGAAAUCAAUCUGACUUUUCCAACUCUGCAGGCUGCAGCUCAUCAUUUGGGCAAAUAUUGCGAAUGGAAAAAUCAUGAAUUCAUGUUGUGUAAAGUUGAAGAGGAAGAUCCUAGAAAAUGUGUAAAAGAAGGAAAAGAUGUAACUGCUUGCUCUUUAGAGUUCUUCCAGAAAAUUAAAAAACAUUGCCGAAAAGAAUUUGAUCAGUAUGCUAAUUGCAUUGAUAAAUCCAGUGGAAGUUCAUCGUUUGCUCCUUGUCGCAAAACACAAAGUGUAUUUGAUAAAUGCGUUUUGGAUAACUUGGGACAAGAGAGGCCAGGAUAUGGUUAUUUCUGCGAAGCAAAAGUUCAUGAAACAUCAAGACCAAAACCAACAUAUAAUGCACCAGAAUUUCCAAAUGCUGCUGUACCAAUGUCAACAGAUGAACCAUUAUUACCGCCUAGAUAUGGCUCAAGAAGAGUCUUAUCGGCUAAUUAAGUAGCAAAAAUUUUUAUUUAAAAAUCAUUGAAUUAUUGAAUAAUUAAAAAGAAAAUAUUCUACACCUUGAUAUGAUUUGAAGGUUAUUGUCUUUGUUGUAGCAUUGUUAAAGAAUAAAAUAAUAUUCGACUUGUACAUUAA